CGUAUCAGUUUUUUUGUACCGUGCAGGUAUUGGACAUAAAAAAAAGCAUAUUAAUUGUUCAGGAUCAUCAUGCCACAAAACAUUUUAAGAUAAGUUUGAGCUUUAAGGUGUGGAUAGUUGGUGACACUUGAAAAAACAUUAGCCAUGAGACGUGCAUUGAGGAUUUUCUUUAUUCUCUUUAUUAACUUAUGUUUAUCUAAAAGUGCAUUGAGUGGAAAAGUAUUGGUGUGGCCUGCAGAGUACAGUCACUGGAAUAAUAUUAAAGUUAUUUUGGACGAGCUUAUCAACAGAGGUCACAACGCAACAGUCUUACGCCAUACAUCUUCAGGCAUCAUCAACAAUACGCAAGGUAUUUUCUUUGAAGAUUUCAAAGUACUGUUUCCAAAGGAUGCUCUUUCAAAUCAUUUUUAUAAGGCAUUUGAUUUUAUGAUGUAUGAAUUACCUAAUUUGUCUGCAGUACAGGCAGCAUUGAAAUUUCGGAACCUGUUUAAAGACUUUACAGAUUUAUUAAAACAAAUUUGUGAUGGGGUACUCAAAAACGAAAAACUGCUUGAUAAAUUACAACAAUCCCAAUUUGAUGUCCUCCUUUCUGAUCCAAUGAAUAUCUGUGGUGAGCUCAUAGCUGAUAAGCUGGGGAUUCCAUUCAUUUACACAUUUAGGUUCUCUUUUGGUAACACAGUAGAAAGACUCUGUGGACAGAUACCUGCUCCUCCUUCUUAUGUCCCUGGGAUACCUACCCUGUACACGGAUAAAAUGAACUUUGUGGGAAGAAUGAACAACUUUUUGCUUUAUUUAUGCCAAGACUUUUUAUUUUAUGAAUUUGGAAUUUUAAACUGGGAUCCAUACUUUACUGAACCCAUAGAUGGCAGCCACUGGAUCAGCUUGCAAGCCGUUACCGAAUCGCUGGUUGCAAGAGGUCAUGCGGUGACCGUUUUAGUUCACUCCGCCACCAAGUUUGUGAAGCACCAGGAAAGCGCGGGGUACGAUGUGGAAGUGUUCGAUGUCUCCUUCACAAGCCAGGAGGUGGAUGGCCUUCUGGAACAGAUGAUGUCGCUCAACGUGUACGAAUAUCCAUCGCUGUCAUACUGGCAGCUGCUGUCAAGAACUAGCGGCAUCAUGCACAACUUCACGGCGCUACACAAACGCGUCUGCGACGGCUUGUUCAGAAACCGCGCCCUGCUGGACAAGCUGCGCGCAUCUCGCUUCGACGUGCUGCUUUCUGACCCGGUCUUCUUUUGCAGCGAGUUGGUGGCAGUUAAAUUCGGCAUCCCGUUCAUCUACACCCUGCGCUUCUCGAUGGCCUACACGAUCGAGCGACUGUGCGGCCAGAUGCCGGCGCCACCGUCCUUCGUGCCGGCAGUUCCCACACUUUACACGGACAAAAUGAGUUUUCUACAGCGGUCCGUCAACUUUUUCUCUUUCAUAGCUCAGGAUGUCCUGUUCACGACAAUGGGCUCAUGGAACUGGAACGCAUACUACAGCGACAUGUUGGGGAGACCCACCAGCCUCUGUGAAAUGAUGGGGAAGGCUGAAAUCUGGCUGAUAAGAACAUACUGGGACUUUGAAUUUCCGAGACCUUACCUUCCUAAUUUUCAGUUUGUUGGAGGACUUCACUGUAGACCAGCCAAGGCUUUGCCUGAGGAUAUGGAGGAAUUUGCUCAAAGUUCUGGAGAUCAUGGCAUCGUGGUGCUUACUUUUGGCUCAAUGAUUAAAAAUCUCACCAGGGAAAAGGCAAACUUGAUAGCAUCAGCUCUAGGGCAAAUACCGCAGAAGGUUCUGUGGAGGUACAGCGGUGAGACUCCAGAAACAUUGGCCCCCAACACUCGUCUGUAUAAUUGGAUCCCCCAAAACGACCUUCUCGGUCAUCCAAAAACAAGGGCUUUCAUCACCCAUGGAGGAACAAAUGGAAUUUAUGAAGCUAUUUACCAUGGCAUUCCAAUGGUUGGCAUUCCAAUGUUUGGAGAUCAGCCUGAUAAUAUGGUUCACAUGAAAGCUAAAGGCGCAGCAGUUGUUGUCAACUUCAACACCAUGACAAGUCAAGAUUUGGUAGAUGCCUUAAAUACUGUGAUAAACAAUCCAACGUAUAAAGAAAGUGCUAUGAAGCUGUCCAGAAUACACCAUGACCAACCAGUGAAACCUUUGGACACAGCUGUGUUUUGGAUUGAGUUUGUAAUGCGCCAUAAGGGAGCCAAACAUCUGAGGCCUGCAGCUCACAACCUCACGUGGUACCAAUACCACUGCCUGGAUGUGAUUGCAUUCCUUUUAGUUUGCAUUCUUACUUCAGUGAUUAUCACGUACAAAUGUUGCAUUUUCUCUUUCCGAAAAUGCUUCAAGAGGUCACUGAAAAAAAGUAAACGUGAGUGAUGAGAUAUAUAUAUAUAUAUAUAUAUAUAUAUAUAUAUUAAUAUAUAUAUGCAGCUGGAGAUCCACAAGACCUUUGCUUCCAUAUAUAUAAUAUAUAUAUAUAUAUAUAUAUAUAUAUAAAUAUUUUAGUCAUUUAGGAGACAUUAUCUCCUAUAAAUUCUGUUGGGUAAAUCAGGGGAAUCAAUAAGAAGUUCUUAAAUAUUUUAUUAGAACUAGGAUGUCUUGAUUUAGACAGCCUUGGUAGGGAUGAUGAAGAGAAAAAGUAAUCUCAGGACUUUUAAUAUUUUAUAAUAUAUGAUCUGUAAAAUUUACUUAAACUAUUUUAGUCAAAAAUCCUCAUGGCAGCCAUUAAAGGUAAAAGAAACACAGACAAAGGCUGUUUUCAUAUUAAAAAAAAAAAAAAAAAAAGACGCACACCUGAUUAAAGCUAUAUAAGCCAAAACACUGUGAUUCACACCUAAUUUCUUAGCAUGGAAAUAAACUUGAUCUCAUUUUCCUUUUUCAAAUAGAUCGAGUAUAAGCUGAAUCGGCUCUUCACUGACUCUGGGUGUCAUCAUUUACAGUCUUACAGGAGCUCGUCCACUGUCAGAGUAGGUCAGCUAGGGCGAUAGACUUAACAAUCAGGCAAUGAUGCUCUUCUGUGAUGCUGCUUUACUUUAUUUACUAAUUUAUGAUAUCGCAGAUCUCGUUCCAAAUUAAGCAGGUUAAAAAGACACUUCCAAUCAAAGAAGGAAAAUUAAAUAAACUUAGGGUACCACUUGGCAAAAAUGCUCCUUUAACACUGUGAUAGACAUGCCAUUUCAUGCACUUCUUCAUUCUCAGGGUGCUGUGACCAAAGCAUGCUGACGACUGCCAGUGUGUUUAUUUGCUUUGUGAGUUGCACUGUCACUCUUUAUCCCCAAUGUGCAUUACUUUUAAUUCCCAAUUUAUUUUAUUUUGUUACAAAUAAAGCUGAAAUACUAUAUUUUCUUGAUUAUGACACACUUGACCAACAUGAAGUGCUAAUGCAUCAUAUGAGCUUACUACCAGAAAGUUGUAAUAAUGUGUUUAUUUACUGCUUAAUUAAUUUUUAAUUGGAACAAAUGUGUGGCUAAUGCAACAAGAGAGGGAGUCCACAGACAUUCUGAAACACACAAGUCUAGAGAGUCUCUGUGAGGGUUUGUGUAGACACAGACUUUUGGUUUCAGUUUAUGCUUCAAUUUAUGGAAACACUGUCCAGCACUGCAUUUGUUGUACCUCAUCUCGUAGUACUUCUCACUUAAAAUGCAAAAAAAUUAGCUUUUCCACAUUAUUAAGUAGAGCAAUAUAAGCACACUUCAUAGAGGGCAAGCACAGCUAAUUACAGUAAUUAGACCAAAUAAGUUAACAGAUUGGUAGUCACAGAGGAUCAUCCAAACAAAACUUUUUUAACUUAAUUAUCGCGAAAAAUUCACUUCUGGGCAUAUAAUUCUGGCGUAAGAUAAAGUUGCAGCAGACCAGACACAGCCAUGAAGUGUCUACAACUACGCCAUCAUUGACAUUGUCACAUGCCAUAGAAUCUUAAACAGACCACAAAAAGUUUUUAAAAAAAUUAUAAAUUUGCUAGGACUGCAAGUACAAUUGAUGAGCAAAUACAUGAAGAAGGAGUCAGAACAGUAGCCAUUUUUUGAUAGGCCAUGUCCUACAUACAGAACGUUACUUAGAGGAAACUUGAAAUGUUACACGGGAGAUGGAUAAAAAAGCUAAAAUAUGACAUUAAGGAGUCAAACCACAUUAAAGUCUGUACAUUUGAUAGGAUUAAAUAGACAAAAUUAAUUCAAUUGAAAACUGCAAUAAAGCCUCAUUCACUGAAUUAGCAGCUGAAGCAGUUGUAGGUUAUGCUACAGCAGCACAGAUAGCAAUCGUAACAACUGUUACAUUUAUUGAUGUAGCACAUUUUGUAUAUUGAAUAUUAAAUACAGCUCAGUGGACAUAUGGCAAUCAGCUAGACUGUAUACCUAGAAAAUAGAAAA